UGCUGCUGCUGCUGCGGUGCUGCCGCGCGCGGCCGGCCGCGGGGCUGGAAUGAAAGUCAGGCGCUCCGGAGCCCGGAGCCGCAUGGAGCGCGCGGCCGGGGCGGCGGCGCCCGGGGCGGGAUGCGGCCGCCCGUAAUUAAAUAGCAUUUACUCUUAUUAUUACUAAUAAUAAUAACGUAAUCAUACCUCUAGUCAUAGCAUACCAUUUAUCGGGCUCGGCGCAGGCCCGCGGGGAGCGCAGCCCGGCCGAGAGACUGAUGGAGAGGCAGAAACGGAAGGCGGACAUCGAGAAGGGGCUGCAGUUCAUUCAGUCAACACUACCCCUAAAACAAGAAGAGUAUGAGGCCUUCCUGCUUAAGCUGGUGCAGAACCUGUUCGCCGAGGGCAAUGACCUGUUCCGGGAGAAGGACUACAAGCAGGCUCUGGUGCAGUACAUGGAAGGGCUGAACGUGGCCGACUACGCCGCCUCCGACCAGGUGUCCCUGCCGCGGGAGCUGCUCUGCAAGCUGCAUGUCAACAGGGCGGCCUGCUACUUCACCAUGGGCAUGUAUGAGAAAUCGCUGGAAGACAGCGAGAAGGCCCUGGGCCUGGACAGCGAGAACAUCCGGGCGCUCUUCCGCAAGGCCCGCGCCCUCAACGAGCUGGGACACCAUAAGGAGGCCUACGAGUGCAGCAGCCGGUGCUCCCUCGCACUGCCUCACGAUGAAAGCGUCACCCAGCUGGGCCAGGAGCUGGCUCAGAAGCUUGGGUUGCGGGUGCGGAAGGCAUAUAAGAGGCCCCGGGAAUUGGAAACCUUCUCUCUGCUCAGUAACGGUACUGCAGCUGGCGGGGCAGAUCAGGGAAUGGCCAACGGAUUCGGAUCCAUUGAUGACAUCGAAACAGACUGCUACGUGGACCUGCACAGCUCCCCAGCCCUCCUCCCUUCUGUCCCCACCAUGCCGCUCUUCCCCCACGUGCUGGACCUCCUGGCCCCUCUGGACAGCAGCGGCAGGGCCAUCUCCAGCACCGAGGGCCUGGAUGACUUCUCUGAUGGGGACGUCUUUGGUCCGGAGCUGGAUACCCUCCUGGAUUCUCUGUCUCUGGUCCAGGGCGGCCUGCCCGGCAGCGGUGUGCCCAGUGAGCUGCCCCAGCUGAUCCCCGUGUUCCCCGGCGGGACCCCGCUGCUGCCCCCCGUGGUGGGCGGCUCCAUCCCCGUCUCCAGCCCGCUGCCCCCGGCCUCCUUCGGCCUCGUCAUCGAUCCCUCCAAGAAGCUGGCUGCCUCUGUCCUGGACUCCCUGGACGCCCCGGGCCCCGCACUGGACCCUCUGGACCUGCUCCCUUACUCGGACACCCGGCUGGAGGCCCUGGAUACCUUCGGGUCGGCCCGAGGCUCCCUGGACAAACCGGACUCCUUCCUAGGUUCUCGAAGGGCCCUCGGGUCCUCCGUGCCAGGGUGGGUGACCUCCGCAUCCUCUCCCUACUCAGAGGAGACGAACGCGCAGGACCACCGCGCCCCGAGCAGCGCUCAGAAGCCCGCCCCCUCGCCGGAGCCCUCCAUGCCCAACACCGCCUUGCUCAUCAAGAACCCUUUAGCUGCCACCCAUGAGUUCAAGCAGGCUUGCCAGCUGUGCUACCCCAAGACAGGCCCCAGGGCCGGCGACUAUACCUACCGGGAGGGCCUGGAGCACAAGUGCAAGAGAGACAUCCUACUCGGCCGGCUUCGGAGCUCCGAGGACCAGACCUGGAAGCGGAUCCGGCCCCGGCCCACCAAGACCAGCUUUGUGGGCUCCUACUACCUGUGCAAAGACAUGAUUAACAAGCAGGACUGUAAGUACGGAGAUAACUGCACCUUCGCCUACCAUCAGGAGGAGAUCGACGUGUGGACGGAGGAGCGGAAGGGCACCCUCAACCGCGACCUGCUCUUCGACCCGCUGGGGGGUGUCAAGCGGGGCAGCCUCACCAUCGCCAAGCUCCUCAAGGAGCACCAGGGCAUCUUCACCUUCCUCUGUGAGAUCUGCUUCGACAGUAAGCCUCGGAUCAUCAGCAAGGGCACCAAGGAUUCGCCGUCCGUCUGCUCCAACCUGGCCGCCAAGCACAGCUUCUACAACAACAAGUGCCUGGUGCACAUCGUCCGCUCCACCUCCCUCAAGUACUCCAAGAUCCGCCAGUUCCAGGAGCACUUCCAGUUCGACGUGUGCCGCCACGAGGUGCGCUACGGCUGCCUGCGCGAGGACAGCUGCCACUUUGCCCACAGCUUCAUCGAGCUCAAGGUCUGGCUGCUGCAGCAGUACUCAGGCAUGACUCACGAAGACAUUGUGCAGGAAUCCAAGAAGUACUGGCAGCAGGUGGAAGCGCCUGUGGGAAAGGCCGGCGGCGGCUCGGGCGGCCCGAGGACACAUGGGCCCAGCACCUUCGACCUGCAGAUGAAGUUUGUGUGCGGCCAGUGCUGGAGGAAUGGGCAGGUGGUGGAGCCUGACAAGGACCUCAAAUACUGCAGUGCGAAGGCCCGGCAUUGCUGGACCAAGGAACGGCGUGUGCUCCUGGUGAUGUCCAAGGCCAAGAGGAAAUGGGUGUCGGUGAGACCACUGCCGUCCAUCCGCAACUUCCCACAGCAAUACGACCUCUGCAUCCACGCCCAGAAUGGCCGCAAGUGCCAGUACGUGGGGAACUGCUCCUUCGCACACAGCCCGGAGGAGAGGGACAUGUGGACGUUCAUGAAGGAGAACAAGAUCCUAGACAUGCAGCAGACCUACGACAUGUGGUUGAAAAAACAUAACCCAGGCAAGCCCGGCGAGGGGACCCCCAUCAGCUCCCGGGAAGCGGAGAAGCAGAUCCAGAUGCCCACAGACUAUGCCGACAUUAUGAUGGGCUACCACUGCUGGCUCUGCGGCAAGAACAGCAACAGCAAGAAGCAGUGGCAGCAGCACAUCCAGUCGGAGAAGCACAAGGAGAAGGUCUUCACGUCCGACAGCGAUGCCAGCGGCUGGGCCUAUCGCUUCCCCAUGGGCGAAUUCCGGCUCUGUGACAGGCUCCAGAAGGGCAAAGCGUGCCCGGACGGGGACAAGUGCCGCUGUGCGCAUGGGCAGGAGGAGCUCAGCGAGUGGCUGGACCGCCGCGAGGUGCUGAAGCAGAAGCUGGCCAAGGCCCGCAAGGACAUGCUUCUGUGCCCGCGCGACGACGACUUCGGCAAGUACAACUUCCUGCUGCAAGAGGACGGGGACGCUGCUGGGGCCGCCCCCGAAGCCCCCGACGCUGCCCCUGCCGCCGCCGCCGCCGCCGCCACCGGGGAGUAGGGCCAGGUUGAGCAGUGGGCAAAGUCCUGGGGUCGGGGGUGGGGGGUGGGGACGAGGCCUGAGGGACGGGAGUGCCGGCUGCCCUCUCCAGUCACCUGGGGCCCUGUCCGUCUUCUCCACCCCUCCCCCCCCUCGCCGCCGCCCCAGUGUGCACCCCCGGGUGCACCUGCUGCAGCCCCAAGUGGUCCCGGGGUCCUCCUCCAGCCCAGGCUCCCGCGGCCCGGGAGGGAAGGAAGGGCCUGGCUGGCCUCUCUGGCUUCAGCCUACAGCUUUAAGUUUGUCUGCUCCUCAUGGGGGCCCAAAGCUCAGGGCUGGGGAGCCUGGGGUCCCCACUUGAAUCUGCAGCAGGAGGGUCCUUCCCCUCCCCCCGCCACACCCCUUUUUUGCUCCCUCCCUGGGGAGAUCCCCACACCACAGAGGGCAGGAGGCCCCGAGUAGCUUUAAAACGCAGCUUCGUGCUGGAGCUUGAGCCCCGGAAGUUGUUUCCAGUCCGGCUGGAAGAAGGGAGGGGCUGGCUGGGUGACCCCUGCAGCGAGCGACUCAGGGAUGGGGGCGCUGUGGGACACCGCCACCCCAGAUUGUAAAUCCUUAGCCUUCAGCGCUGACUCAGCUCAGACCCCAUUUGGCAGAAAAGAAACCUGAGGCCUAAGCGGGGGGCGGGGGGGGGGAGCAGUCUGCUGCCCAGGGUCUCUAGCCUCCAGCAGGACACAGAACUGGGAUAUAAACCAUGGUCAAAAGACUCAAAGGCACCCCUGGGGUCCCCUGGCCUCGGUGGAAGGAAGAAUCUGCACAGGGGGAGUGGAGGGGGGGUCGACACCCCGCAUGGGGGGUCGGGACCCUGGAGAGGAGAGAGGCCCGACUGUCAGCGUUGUAACGCACCCUAGGAUGGAGAUCCAGUAGGAUCUUCCCCCUCCCAGACCCAGACACGGAUACGCCCAUCAGCCCCAGCCCUUUUCGGACGCCCCCCUCCCCCCAGCCCUGCGAGCUGCCUGGGACCCCAGCUGACCCCCAGCCCCCGCCCCCACCCGCCCAGACCUCCCCCGUCGUCCGACACGUCUGUGUGCAACCCUCUGUCCCACCCCUUCCGUGGGCAGACCCGGCCUCCCCUGGCUCCCCAGACAUUCCAGAAUGCCCCACACCAUCGGCACAAGGAGUGGGGCUCCCCCCCCCCCCGAAGGAACCAGGAGGCAAGGCUGGCAGGGAGUGAGGUGGAGACCCUGGAAUGCCCUGUAUCGCUCCUCCGUGACGACGGGCGCCCACACUCCCGGUAACUGUGGCAUGCACCCUUUCCUCUCCCCUGCCCCCUGCUCCUGCCCCCCAGCAGGCCAGCACCCCAAGUGGCACGGCCGCAGGGGGAUGGAGACAGCAGAGCCGGGGUGGGGCGGGCCGUGCGGUGACUGUGGGCGACGCGUGUUCUCCCGACCUGUGCUGUGGCAGUCCUGUCGUCACCAGCCUUGUUUUGAGUGUGUAUAUAUGUCGACCCUGUGAUGCAUAUAUACACAGGUAUUAAAUAUAUCGCUCUAUAUAAUAUUAUAUAUGUGUGUGGUAUCUGAGGAAUCUAAGGAGGGCUAGAGAUAAAAGAGUUUGGCCAGAAAAAAAAAAAAAAUGCAGCCACCCUUGUGUUCUCAGGAGGGUUUGUUGGGCUCCUCUGGCUAUGGGUGAGGCGACAGAGGGGACUUAGAGCUGUGAUCCAGAGGGGACCUGAACGGCAGGUGUGGCCCGGCCGCCACUCGCCACCACCACCACCGCCGCCGUCUACCAAGGAGAGAGACCCAGAGCCCCCCGAACGUGGGAGGGAAGAGCUGUCUGUGUGCCCCUGCCCGGGAAAAGCACGAGAGUCCCCAGGUGUCAUCUUUCGCCUGUUAUCUGCCCAGAGGCCUUGGGAUUCGGGGCUCCCCAAGUUAGCCAGAGCUGGAUCCCCACCGGGGAGAGGUGAGGGAGUGAGAACAGAGAGGAGGAGGAGGAGGAGGAGGAGGAGGGAGAGGAAAGGCAAGACGUUUGCUCUUGAUGGUGAUGGCGUCUCUUUCCGCCGUGACCCUUCUCGGCUCCUGGCUUCGUUAGACCCGGGGCUUGUCGCCUCGCCUGAGCAGGCAGACAAGGUGGCGUGGUGGGUAACAGUCUGGGGGGGACACGAGGGGUGCUGCAUUUCUCAGCUGGGCAGUAAUCAACAUAAUGGUCCUUUUAAAAAAUGUCUGUGUAUUAAAAAUUUAAGAAUACCACACUUUAAUAUUAAAUAUCAUAAGGUCUAGUAUCUUGAUAAUAAUGUAGACGUUUUAAUAACAAUUUUUGUCCUUCUUAAAAUAAAAUGAAAGAAACUUG